AUGAGAUCUAAAACUUGCAGGGGACUGGAAGUACCUAUUGAGGAAUUUGACGUCGACAUUUUCCAAAGAGUGAUGGUUUAUCUGCACAGUGGUCGGGUGUACAUCAAUCCUGAGUCUGUCGUUGGCGUGAUGAACGCAGCCGACAUCUACGGACUGCCAGAUCUGAGAACAGCCUGUUUUGACUUCGCCCACCACUUCACCCAGGUAAACACCGUGUUGUCCCUGCUGGUGUCUACUGAAGCCUAUGCUCAGUAUAACUGGACACGCAUGCUCGCCCAAAGACUGUUGGAAUUCAUCAGUACACGAGCCGAGGAGGUACUUUGUCUGCCCGAGUUUGAAUUUCUGCCUAAGUCAACUGCCGUCAAGAUUUUGCUGAGACGAGACUUGAAAGCCAGCGAAAAGACCAAGUGGGCAGCAGUGCUGCAGUGGAGCAGACGACACUGCCAGAAAAAGAGCAAAAACUACUUCCGGAGAACCAUCAAAAUUUUUUGCACAUAG